UCGCGUCCCAGUCAUCGGCGCGUGCGCACUUCUACCGCUUCCUUCCACCACGCUCGCCAGGGCGUCUUCUGUUGGCGCUGAACGUUUUUGCCGAUUACGUUCGAAGUUUGAAGUGUUAAUUUUUAUUAGUCAGGCUCUCUCUGCUGUGUACGUGGUAGGCAGAAGUGCUACUUUUUAUUAGGAGAAUCGCUCUCUCUCUCUGUACGUGGUCUUGUUAGUGGUUUUCAUAGAUUUAUAGACAGAGUUGACAUUGGUAAAACGUCCUCACGAACUUUGUGUUCAUUAGCAGCUUUCUGGGCGAACAUCAUUUUUAUAAUUUCAGAUUCAUUAUCGAUCAGUUACGGAGAAUAAAUUAAAAACUUUAUGAACACACAAUUUUCGUAGCAUAUUUUGAUAAUAAAAAGGACCAAUAAAUUAAAAAAAUAGUCUUAGAAAAUACCACCGGCCUUUCUGAAAGACCAGUAAAUGAAAAUAUAGUCUUUGGAGAUAUCUUCUGACUUUCUGUAAUUGAACAGAAGUCGGUUAAGUCAACAACACAGGUGGAGAAAGGCAAGGCAGACUUCAGAGAGAGAGAGAGAGCUCUUGUCAUGUACCGGCCGUUACCGAAGUGAAUCUCUAGCGCUCUUUUUGAUGUUUUAGCGGUGAUUCCCGCGCGCGCGAUAAGUGGCCAGUGAUUCGCGGAGAUUCGUCCAGGUGAUUCGGGGGAUUGGUUUAUAACUGCGGUAUUAAAUACGCGUGAAUUCAGAAUGACUCGACUGCUGAUGCUGAUUCUCCUGGUGUCUCCUGCUAUCCCUCAGCUGCUUAUGCCACGUGACGGAGGUGGACAUGGAGGAGGAGGACACGGAGGAGGAGGAGGACACGGAGGAGGAGGAGGACACGGAGGAGGAGGAGGACACGGAGGAGGAGGUUAUGGUGGAGGACACGGCGGAGGUGGCCAUGGGGGAGGAGGCGGGGGAGGUUAUGGUGGAGGUGAUCAUGGAGGAGGAGGAGGAGGUUAUGGUGGAGGUGACCAUGGAGGAGGAGGAGGAGGAGGCUAUGGAGGAGGUGACCAUGGAGGAGGAGGAGGAGGAGGCUAUGGCGGAGGUGGCCAUAAAGGUGGAGGAGGAGGGGGAGGUUACCAUCCAGCUCCCGUGUGCCACCCGCAGACGAUCACUAAAUAUAAGACCGUUUACAAAGAUCGCAAAGCCCAGGUUGUUAAUAAUGUGGAAGUGAGAAACCCGAAGCCCCACGUGAAGAAGGUCGUGGAAACCCGCUACACGACCAUCAGGUAUCCCGUCUUCAUCACUCAGGUCAUCAAGCCCUUACUGACCCAAGUGGAGACCAAAGUUAGGCCUAUGUUCUUCACCAAAACCAUCAACCGUUACACCACGGUCAAAUUCACAGUGACUGGCAUUGGCCAAGUCACGGUCACGACUGUGAAGUAUGAGAAAGAGUACAUUACCCGUUGCAUGAAGAAAGGUUACGGGCACCGUCGACAAGACGGUGGUGACUACGGGUUGGAAGACCGCGAGAUUGGACUAGUCAUCAGUCCGGACUCCCCAACCGUCGAGACGUACAAAACUCGAGACCCAGAGUCCGUAGUGACGGCCCCUUACGACUUCUCCAUCGGGAAAUACAGAGAAUCCUCAGCCUCCUCGCCGACUGACGAAGGCAUAGACCCAACCUCCACCAAACCUUUCAGGGGAGCGGGGCGCCCAAGUUUCGGCCCUCUCAGGUCUCUCAGACCUCUGAGAGCAAGCGCUGCCAGACCGUACGGACCGAACUCAGGUCCUCGAGAUAUGUCACCAGCAAGGAGCCCUGAAUUGCUAGGGUCACGGCCCGAAACUCCAGAGGACCUGACGCUGCCCCACCCUCCGUUGGCGCGACCACCUCCAGUUCGCUUCGGCUAAAGCCAGUCCACUCACUUCACACCUGAGUCUAGGCGGUUUCCCGCUCAUCGAACGCCACUUUUCCUAGUCGAUUUGUCAUGGUGGUAUAAGCUAGAGGAAGAAUGUAACAUUUACCAACCUCUCUCUCUCUCUCUCUCUCUCUCUCUCGCUAAUCAUUCAGUAGUCGACAUCAGCCUAUCGUCGAUUCAGAAUUAAAAUCAUGGCAAAGUUAUGAUCUUCCCGCGUUAUGCCUUGACUUUUAUAGUAAGAAAGAAUAUAAAUGCUAUUUUUGUUAGCUUUGAUAACAGGGGUGGCUGGCCACGCCCUACGUAUAAGUAGUUCUUUGUUAAUUUUUAUAUAACCUCUUCAUCAUCGUCCACUUUCUUGCAGCUAUUCUGUUGUUUCUCUCAAGAAGUUUACCAUAGUAUCAAUAAAUGCUGUUGUUAAUAUUCGUAUAUGUAGCUGGACAGAUUUAUGUUAGACUCUACAGUGAUUUCAACUGCACGAGUGAACAGAUUUCUUCAUAGGUAAAAUUCAACAGAAUUAAUAGCAAAAAGUAUUAUACAAAUAGGCAAUUCUGUGUCACUAGUGAACUGUACGAUCACAGUAAGUCUAUGAUUUCUUAUAAUGAAUAAUAUUGAGAAUUGUAAUACUGUAUCAUUAAUGGCUUCUACUUUCUUGAUCCAAAGUGACCAAUCAGUUUUGUCGGCCUAUAAAGUUAUCCCAAGACUUAAAACUAAGAACCUUUGAAACCAUAUAUGUAAUGUUUCAGAACGAUCACGUUUGUGUCUGGAUUAAUUACCUAAAAAACAAUUACUUUUGUAUUAAGGUUGAAUUAGUCAUUGAGAUAUUCAUACGUGAAUUACCUUAUCUUAUCUGAUUACCGUUUGGGAAUUGUCCAAUUCAGAUGCCAAGACAAGAGUCCUUUUUCUGUGAAAUUGUAAUUUUUUUUUUUUUUUUUUUUUUUGUAUACCGAUCAAUUUUGUUUAAUUUCAUCUUGAUUUCUGUUGUGCCCUUGUAGUAUAAUCGAUGUAAUUCACAUAUUUUGUGUAUAUCAGCUCACUGAUUUCUUUGCUAUGAAUAAGUCUGCCUUACGAAGUUACAACCGGUGUGAUUGGUGCAGUACCUUCCAUUAAACUGUUGUUACCA